AUGGGAACUGAGAGAACCGGCCUGGUUGCUUGCAUCCUGGAGUCAAUCCAAACCACCAGUGCUCUUACAACCCGAACUCAAUCUCUGAGUACGUUCACGGAAACUGCAAAGACAAUUUUCACCUCAACAAGCACCAGUUUCGUGCCAGAGAAUACUUUGCUCACUGGCGAUAAAACUACUCCCCCGUACAUCAGGACGUCUGGCGAUGUCACCGGAGGAUCCACAUCCGCCAAAUCUGGUCGAGCCGUUGUCACGACGCAGGAGAUAGAUAACAGAACACCCGGACAAGGCGCAGACACAACAACCGACACAAGCACAAUCACCGGUACAGUCACAGGUACAGUCACAGGUACGACCAGCAAUACCAGAGAUACUGGGCAUACGACUCGCACAACGGCCAAUCAUGAGAUUUUGGAACCAACCACAACGGCGCCAAUUCAACCAACCGCUACGGCCACGGCCAACACAAACGACAAACAGCAUGCGCCGCCUGCCACACCAACCGUUUCCAAUGAUGGUGCGUUUGCAGGCUCAGAGACCAGGGUAAUGCCCCCGGCACUUACAACCUCAGUGACUACCACCUUAAUUACAACCAUGACCGUCACGGGAACCGUUGCGGCCAUCUGCGGUACCACUACUAAACAGGUAUAA